GGAAUUGCCGAUGAAUUGAACAUCAUCCGUUCCCGGGCACAAGGGGAGCUCGUGGUUAGCUCGACAGAUAGCAGAGCCAGAGGGGGCAACGACGAUGGCGACCAUCCAGCCGCCGGCGCUGUCCUCACUCAGCUCCUCUCAAAAACUAGAGAGGAAGCAGUUCCAGUCUCCAUGCGCCUCUUUUCCUUUCCGUCUCCGUCGCACGAGCAGCUGCUGGCCGUCCGCCGUCGCUUCACCCCGGAGAAUCGACGGAUUCAGAUGCUCCGCUGCGGCCGGGGCUGGGUUCUUCACUAGACUUGGCCGCCUUAUCAAGGAGAAGGCGAAGAGCGACGUGGAGAAAAUCUUCUCCGGCUUCUCGAAGACUAGAGACAACCUCGCCGUCAUCGAUGAGCUCCUCCUCUACUGGAACCUCGCCGACACCGAUCGCGUUCUCGACGACCUCGAAGAGGCGUUGCUGGUUUCCGAUUUCGGGCCGAAAAUCUCGAUCAGAAUAGUCGAAGGUCUGCGGAAAGACAUAUUAUCGGGGAAGCUCAAGUCAGGAAGCGAGAUUAAGGACGCCCUGAAGAAGAGUGUGCUUGACUUGUUGACAAGCAAAGGAAAAAAGACGGACCUUCAAUUAGGAUACAGGAGGCCGGGUGUGAUCAUGGUUGUUGGUGUCAAUGGAGGAGGGAAGACGACGUCUCUGGGGAAGCUUGCUCACAGAUUAAAGAAGGAAGGUGUAAAGGUGCUAAUGGCAGCAGGUGAUACAUUUCGAGCUGCUGCAACUGACCAACUGGAAGUUUGGGCUGAGAGGACUGGAUCAGAGAUAGUCAUGGGUGAAGGAGAAAAGGUUAAAGCAUCAUCAGUUCUGGCUCAGGCUGUCAAGAAAGGGAAAGAGGAGGGUUUCGAUGUUGUGCUAUGUGACACUUCAGGACGUCUCCACACUAACUACAGCCUAAUGGAAGAGUUGAUCGCUUGCAAGAAGGCUGUCUCUAAAAUUAUCUCUGGUGCACCAAAUGAGAUUUUGCUUGUAUUGGAUGGAACAACUGGUUUGAAUAUGCUGCCACAAGCAAGGGAAUUCAAUGAGGUGGUUGGCAUCACAGGUUUGAUUCUGACUAAGCUUGAUGGCUCUGCUCGAGGUGGCUGUGUGGUCAGUGUGGUCGACGAACUAGGAAUACCAGUAAAGUUCGUAGGCAUUGGAGAGGGACUGGAAGAUCUCCAGCCAUUUGAUGCAGAAGAAUUUGUCAAUGCCAUAUUCUCAUGAGUCGUGACAGUUCAAGAGAUAAGUCUUGCAGCCAAUAGCAAUUAGCAACCUCGCCAAUCCGUGUACAGCGAUCGUCUAUCAUAAUUCUUGUCAAUCUAUUCGUUCUGUGUCUUAUUCCCCCUUGGGCUGUAUAACUAUCCAGUUUCAGUUUUGUAUUGUCAUGAUUUUGAACUCAUCAUGGCGGUUAAUUAAUGUUUAAGAGCAGAAAACCAUGGACAACCCUGCCAAUUUAUAGGUUGAACUUUCUCAAGAUGUUGUCCUUGCA